UGAUUUUCCUGGGUCUCAAUCCUAGCUUUCUACGCAAAAGGGGGCUCUCUCUCUCUCUCUCUCUCUUCUAUAAUAUCAAAGACUCCCUUCGAAUUUUCUUAUUCUCGUAACCCUAACUCAAUCCCAUUACCCACGAUAUUGUACAAUUACUUUAAUUCGUUUCCGACAAACAAUUCCAAUUAUGCUCUUAUUUGCAAUCAGCAAAGCAUAACAUAGUGGGAAACGGAGGUUCCCACUUUCCCAAUAGAGGUUUUAGGGCUUCUUUUUGGACUUAAUUCGGCUUUGAUUUUCUGAUUUGGGGAUUUUCAAUCUCAUGCAACUUUCGCGUCUUGCGCUCAAUUUCUAACUCUUUUUCCAUCUUUUCGAAAAUGGGUUUUGCGAUUUCCGACGAAUUGUUGGGCACUGUUGCCCCAAUCGUGGUGUAUUGGGUGUAUUCUGGGAUAUAUGUUUUGUUGGGGUCCUUUGAGAAUUACCGGUUGCACUCGAAGAAAGACGAGGACGAAAAGAACUUGGUGUCCAAGGGCACUGUUGUCAAAGGGGUCCUUCUACAACAAACUAUUCAGUCUAUCGUCGCAAUUCUAUUGUUCACGGUGACAGGAAAUGAUGACGUGGCUGCUACAGGUUCACAGUCUUCCUUACUCGUUUUAGCUAGACAGUUCAUAACUGCUAUGUUGGUCUUGGAUACUUGGCAAUACUUUAUGCACAGAUACAUGCAUCACAGCAAAUUCUUGUACAAGCAUAUCCAUUCUCAACAUCACCGUCUUGUUGUACCCUAUGCAUUUGGGGCUCUGUACAAUCACCCCUUGGAGGGGCUGCUCCUUGACACAAUUGGUGGUGCUUUAUCUUUUCUUCUUUCUGGCAUGACUCCGCGAUCCUCCAUCUUCUUCUUCUCCUUCGCCACCAUCAAAACAGUAGAUGACCAUUGUGGGCUAUGGCUUCCCGGAAAUCUCUUCCACGUGUUCUUCCAAAAUAAUACUGCUUAUCAUGAUGUCCAUCAUCAGCUUUAUGGCAGCAAGUACAACUUCUCGCAGCCAUUUUUCGUUGUGUGGGAUAGAAUUCUUGGAACCUAUAUGCCUUACUCGUUAGAGAAGAGAACAAGUGGGGGCUUUGAAGCACGGCCUACUAAAGACUGCAAGGAUGAUUGAUUGUUGAGUGAUAAACAUUUAUUGUUUGUACGAGUAUGAUUUUUUCCCCUUAAAAGAGCCACACUGCCUAGUUGAGUUGUAUAUACACAAAUUGUUGUGCUUUAUACUUCUAUUUCUUUUUUUUCUUUUUUCUUUUUUGUUAAUAUAAGUUCUUAAAACUUUAUCCUGAAUUUGAGAACUUAUUUAUCCAGAUAAAGAUUGAUACUCUUUGAGUUGA